AUGGAGCAUGCGAGUUUCGUUGAGGAAGCCAUUGGAGAUUUGAUAGCUAGGGACCUUGUAGUCGUUUGUAAGGAAAUGCCCUACGUUGUCAACCCCUUAACGGUUUCUGUUCAGAGUAAUGGAAAGAAACGUCUCAUUUUAGAUUUAAGGCAUGUAAACCAUCAUUUAUGGAAGACCAGUGUGAAGUUUGAGGAUAUCAGGUUAUAUGCAGCAGUGUGGCGCAUAUGGGACCAUGGUGGUACCUCUUUGGAGGCUUUCAAGCGGGAAAUAGCAGAGCUGCCUGGGGCCUUAGUCGGAUACGUCAGUCUCCUCCCUCAACUUUUGGCCGAAAGUAAAGCCAGUAGCACAACGAAAGGGUAUUACCAGGGAUUCGUACGUUGGAAGGACUGGGCCUUGAAAAAAGGGUUAUCUGAGGUGGAGUGUUUUCCGGCUAGGGCCAUCCAUGUUGCUCUCUAUCUCGCGUGUUUAGUCCAGCAUAAUGCGACGUCAAGCCCGGUUAUACAAGCCUAUUAUAGUUUAAAAUGGGCGCAUUCUAUCAUUGGGAGGGAUUCUCCCACUGAUUCAUUAUUAGUGAGGAACAUUCUCGAGGGAGCAAAGAGGCGUUUGUCUACACCGAGGAAUAGGAAGGACCCUAUUACUCCAGAACUGUUAGAAUCUAUGUAUUCUGCGAAUUACAGUGACAAAGAUUUAUUUUCGCAGCGUACAAUUUGUGGUUGCUUGAUAGCCUAUGCAGGUUUUUUACGCGUAUCAGAAUUACUUAGCAUACGUAUGUGCGACAUUGAAUUUUCUGAAAGUCAUAUGACUAUUUCAAUUCGUCAGAGCAAGACUGAUAUUUAUAGGGACGGUGACCAUGUUGUAAAAGCUAGGACGUAUACUAAGUUAUGUCCGGUAUCCAAUCUGGAGAGGUAUAUUGAUAUCGCGGAGUUAAUACUUGGUUCAGAUCGCUAUGUUUUUCGAUCUAUUACUAAGACCAGCAAUGGUUUCAUUUUGCGCGAUGAGAACAAACCUCUGUCAUAUACGCGGAUGCGCGAGUUAUUUAUUCAAGUGUUCUCUCCUUUCGUAUCUGAUAUCAGUAAAUAUGGUUUACACAGUUUACGGUCCGGCGGAGCAACAAGCGCGGCUAAUUUAACAGUGGCAGACAGAAUAUUUAAGAGGCACGGCAGAUGGAAAUCGGAGAAUGCGAAAGACUGUUAUGUAAAGGAUUCCCUUGAGGAGAGAUUGUUAGUUUCCAGGAAUUUAGGUAUACGACAGUACGCGGGUUGGUCGCCCCGUUUGCAAUUUAUUCAAGUGUUUGUGUGUUUUCUGGCAUUAGGCACGAACAGAGAUUGUAGGAGAAAUGUAAUUUCUUUCGUUUGACUAGGCGGAAUAAGAACGAAAUUAAUUUCUCCUAUAGUAGAGCGGACCGCUAGGUGGCGCUAUAUGCUACCUGCGAAGCACGUGCGUGUUCGUGGUUGUGUCAUUCAGGCGACGACCUUUUAGGCGUAUACACGGUCAGCUUUCGUUAAAAUUUUCGAUACAAAUUUUGUUUUGUUGUUAAAUCUGCUUUUAUUGCAGAAAGGUUUAUUGGAUUAGCACACAACGUCGCGGGCGUGACAGUUCGUGACUGUCUUCAGAAAUACAUUUUUGUGUAUAUACACAAUGUAGGUAGUGUACAUACAUUGCCUACCGACAGUCUGUGCGAUGUUGAGUGCUUUCAUGGUCAUCGUAUUUUUUGUAGGGGUAUUUUGAUGGAAAUAAUAUAACUUGUUUUGGCUGUGUACAUCGUUAGUGUAAAAGUUUGCAUUGUGAAAUGUAUGUAUUUCAUGGCAAUUAAUAAACUAGUACGCGGGUCGGU